GACCCGGUGGUCCUACCGCCCUCUGAAUAUAUGAUAGGCUAGGCUUAAACAAAGCCUAUUGAACUUUGAUGGAGAUUUAAAAAUGUUGAAACGCGUUAUAUCAAGGUCAAGACUUUAUGUCUUAUGAAUUUUCUUGAGGGGAUAUACUUUGAAACGAUGAUUGAUUCAGAUAACAUUGAGAUGAAGGAUCGUUGGUCCUAUUUAUGUUUCGUGAGCAGCUUCUAUGCUACUGUUCAGCCAGUUCUUGUUACUAUGCCCAUUCAUUGUCGAUCAGUGCCUUUGCUGUGUGAUGGCUUAUCGUCCACAGCAUUCUACCAUCACAUUCGCAUCACCUCCCUUGAGUGCUUCUUGCGGUUGGCUACAACAAGUUUGCCCAACAGUGGAGACACGAGAUGUCCGCAACAUUCCCUUUUUGGGUUGAUUGUAAUCAGUCGGUGCUUCAUGGGUGCAUGCACCCUGCUGUCGUGGCGAAAUCAUCUAUGCUGCCUCAAGUCGAGCAUCCGAAAAUCCCUCAUCGCGAAUCAUUGUUUCGCUGUCCUAGCUUGGCUUGGACUGCCAUUGCUGCCUUGGGUGCUCAAUUUACCAUCCCCGCUUCAUCUAUGCAUCUGUGUUUCGUAUGAAGCCAUCGUUCGAGAACCAUAUGCUUUCACCCUUACCGAGUCAAAGCUUCUGCAUGAUCCGUCACUUUGCUGCCAGCUGUCAUGCCGUCUUACACUGGUGCCCCGUUUUAUUUUUUAUUAUUUGUUAACUUUUUUUUCUAAUUCCAGGGGCAACCUGGCUACC